AUGGGCUCCACUAACCGUGUAUCGAAGGUGAUCAAACAUAGAGUGUUGGUUCUGCAAGCAGCCAGCUGUAAACAGCGGCGGGAGACUCGCCUACAAGCAAUGACAACCGAGGAGCGCCAAGCUCUGGAAGCUCUCAGAGACCCACCAACUAACCCACCUAACAUUGCUGAGGACUCCGAUGAUUUCAAUCUCGGCGACAUCUGGGAUGGUACUGAUGCACUCCCCAUUAGCCACGCUGGCGGAGAGUUCAGAGACCUGGCGAGAGGUGUUCUGGGUGAGGUCUGGAAAUUAAAGGAUCAAGAUGGUGCUCACAGGGUUCAACGUGUCGACAAUCGCACACGGCGUGAUCGUGUUCUGCGAAGAAAUCUUGCUUUCAACGAGCAAAUACAAAUAAUGAGCGAAUCAUACCUUAUAUGGAGCCUGGAGAAAUCACAAAAGGGCUUCAAGAGUUUUUAUGAUCGCCUACGCAGCGAAGAGACUGAGGUGACCGAUUUGAAUGGUGGCCAAUGGCCAGUGACAGUAGUAGACGCGUUCUGUGGAAUUCCAUCGGCAACAUCUCACAUCAAUUUUCAAUUGCACUUGACAUAUAUCUUCAAAUCAGACGGGUUGUGGCCUCGCUCAUCAACAAAUCCCUCCGACGCGACUCGCCUGACUGGCGCCUCAAACAUGCAUUGCCCUGCAUGCACUUACACGCUAACUGACGAAGAGAAGCUACACUUCAAGAUUCUCUAUGCUAUGGACGGGAACGACUCAUUGAAACGAAUUCUGCGACGCUCGCUUGAUGACGACGAUGACUCUCUUGGUCUAUCGUCCGAACUUCCCACUGGCCAGAGCAGUUUGCACAGGAUACGCCAUGUGAUACGGGAGCCAAUACAUGGUGCAGAGCGGGGAGCGUGCAAAUACCCCUUGGCUAUUGUUGCCAAGCUGCUAGAUGCAUUUGGCGACGAUUUGGGCGGCAAUUGGUAUCGAAGAUCUGGAGACUUCGUUUUCCAUCGUCAACAGGCUAUCGAUUCAUAUUUCGAGCAUAACGACGAGCUCGAGGUAUAUGGCAAUCUUUCUCUCGAGAUCAUCGCCAAUGGCGAAGCUGUCCUACCGAAGGUUAUGCAAGAGCUCAAAGUCGAAGACGAGAGCGUCUUUGAAUGUUGGCUCGAAGACGAGAAAAUCUACCUUAAGGGUCUAACACGAGAGCCUGAAGAAGAGACACUUCAAAUGGAGUACUGGCAGAGAUUAGUCAAUCUUAGUGCAAGCAAAGUUGCUCUUGACGCAGGAAUGAACAUGUUCGGAACGCACAAUACUCCAUCAUACGGCGCAGACAUUGGAAACACACGCAAGGUUGAAAGCACGCGGCGCCACGCUCUCGAGGACUAUGAGAGAAACCUGAAGUUGGUUCAGUUAUUAGAAUGCAAACUCGGUAUCAUCGCUCGCUGGGUUCCAGAAGAUGAAGAAUGGCAGAAGGCAGGGAGACUCGUUUGGUCGUGGCUCGCAUUUUUCGAACUUGCGAAGAUGAAUAGGGCGGGGACAGGUUACAAACUGCGAAAACAUAUUGCGAGGGCCUUGCAGACGCGCUCUGCCCGCCAUCAGUGUCCGCCCUCAACACAUACAACAACCUUGCCAGUGCGGUGUACCCUCCCCGGCAAAUACUCAAGUGGGAGGAUGUUGUCGAGUACGCCUUUCCUCGCUGACUUCGAGCUGCUACGAAAGACGCGCUCCGAUGUCUCUCAAUUACCUUGGUCAUCACCAGCAGCUCGGAGUGGGAUGGAUCUUUAUUUUAAAUGUGUCGAGCACGCGAGGAGAUUUGUCGUUCUGAAUAUCGAGGUUCGCUGUCUAGUGACAUAUAUACGAGAUGAAGAUAAGUAUUUGCGGGUGUGCGAAGAUCGACUCACAGUUGCUAACCCCUGCCCUUGCCCAUCAAUCGCUAUACAUCGGAACAUUCGUGGCCGGUUCAACUCCCGCCAUAUCAAGCGGCUCAAUGAUAUCUCAAAGCUUCCCGGCUUCAAUGGUACACUCGUCCCUGGUCUAAGUGCUUGCACCGGUAUCGGGGAGAGUGCCAGCAUGCCAGAUCCUCUGAUUCCCGCCAACGUGUUUGCUGCCCAUAUACCUGCACACAACCCUUCAUCCCCUAUAGGUGCGGAUACUCAAGAGGAUUUAGAUGAGGAGGAGAUCGCAGAGGAGGUCGCAGAAGAAGCCUCGAGGAGUUUGCAGGACAUUAUCACCAUCACCGCUGACUUCUCACAGCUCCAGGUUGUUGACAAUGGUGAAGUAGAGGAGUAG